GAAAAAUUAAAAAAGAGAAAAAGAGCGGGAAAGUUUAAAGACAAGAAAAGUAUGAAAUGAAACUCACGACGUGAAAAGGUGCAAGAGGAGACACUGUAGGUUAAAAUGACUUGGAGUAAGGUUUGGUUUGCUUGGAUAACAAGUGAUGAAUGGCAAAGUGGAUUAUAUUAUUUUCUUCAUAACUGGCAAUUACCAACUACCACUAACAUUACCAGUGGCAAUGGUAACCCACUAAUCAAUACAACAAUGCAUGCCUCACAUGAGUGGUUUAUGAAAUCAUUGUUGCUUUUAAUAGCAUUACUGCUGCUCAGUAAUUUUUUUAAAGGUACAGGCAAAUCCAGAAAGAAGAUAAAAAAUAGAAUCCCAAGAUCUCUUUUUGAUAUGGCAAAGCGUGCGUACAAGCCCGAGACAUGCGACGCUUUGAUUCGCUUUCUAAAGGAUCAAAAAGAUCUUGAUGUGAAUGAAAGGAUGCCAGUGGAAACGAAUGAUAGCCAAAUGACAUUGUUCUUGUGUGCUUGUUUUUCAGGCGACGAAAGAUUGCUGAGAUUUAUGCUUUGUUAUGGUGCUGACAUUCACGGAAGAACAAAAUGGGCUGAUAGUCCCCUACAUCUUGUCACAUUUACGCUUUCUAGCAAUAAGAACAAACGUUUUGGUGCCAUUGAUGUUUUGUUAGAGGCAGGUUGUGAUAUCAACUGCAAAAACUGGAUAGGUAAUACUCCACUAUCUGUCGCUGCAUCACACGGAAAUACAAGACUUAUUAAGUAUCUUCUUCGCAAAGGUGCAGAUCCAAGUAUUGGCAACAACAAAGGAAUAUAUCCAAUUGAUUUUGCUAAUAAUGCAGACAAUAGAGAGGCUGCGGAUUAUCUUAAAUUUGAUGUACCGAAUCCAUAUGUUUGGGACGUCAUUGAACCCCAUACUCCCCCGCGCAUUAAACUUGGCUUACAAAGUCCAUCUAAGCAGCAUCUCGUUGACUCAACGUUUACAAGAAGACAAACAAUGAGAGAAAAACAUGUUUUAAACUAAGUACGGUAACACAGAUUUUGAUAUUUCAUAAAAUUUUAAAGAAU